AUGGUGGACAGAAGACAUAUUUUCAUUGCAGUGCUGUGUCUCUGUAUCUUUGGCAACAUCCUCCUCAUAGAGUUUCCAAUCACUGUCAUCAUUGGCUCUCCUCACGGAAACACCACUGGCCUGCAGUUCCGACUGGUAGGGAUAGGUGUCCCCACGACACUGGGGAACGUGGGAAACGUACAACGCGUGAUGCCGCGGCCAGUGGGGGCACACAUCACAUACAACACGACACAGACUCAACUGCUUCUCAACGUUGAUACGACAACGAGCAAACCAUCGUUUACGGGAGAAACUGGAAACGUUUCUCUGCUAAAUUCUACGAUGGAAGAUCCUCAGACCAUUAUGUGGAGGGAAGAGAUGCUCUGUAAGAUAAAGACGAAGAUUCCUUUCUCAACCAUAUCUAAGACGUCCGUGAAAAAGAGUACAGACCAAGCCGUUCUACCUGAGGAGAGAAUGGAGACCGUGGUGCACUAUAACACGUGUGCGGUGGUGGGCAGCGGGCAUGGGUCCAGACUACACACGUACGGACGGGAAAUAGAUGGCCACGACGCCGUGCUGAGAUUCAACUGCGCUCCAACGGAAAAGUUUGAAGAGUUUGUCGGCAGCCGAACGGACAUACGACUGAUAAACACUCAGAUUCCCGGGCGAGAGUGCACAAACGAGUUUUGGAACGACAGCAUCGCCAUGUUUAACCACGAAAUCACGGUCAUCAGAAACAUCAACGCGAUCAACUUGGCACCUUCAGGUGUUGUGAUGAUGCUACACCUUUGUAACUGGGUCCACGUCUACGGCAUAGUUCCGUCCACCAGGGACAAAACCAACCUGAGGUAUUACUACAAUGAGCGGCCCGCUGUGACGCACGGAGUCCACUCUUUCGGCCAGGAACGGCAGUACAUCCGGACAUUGUCACUCACCUCUGAUCAGGACAUGGACGAUACAGGUAUAGCGCUGUUACAAGGACUGGCCACGGUCCACUGUGAUUCACAUGAACUACAUUAGCCAUGCUACAUAUUACAUAUAUAC